CCCUCUAGUUUGUUAUGUUUAUCAAAAAAUGAGCGUGCAAAAUUCUUUUUCAGAACAACAGAUUGUACUUUCAUAGGUAUUUGAGCAUACCUUUCAGAAAUAAUAAACACAUAGAUAAUUUGUUCUAAUCUCAAGCAAUCACCCAGAUACACAUAUGUUUAAGCUCACAAAAACAAAUACUUAGUUAUGAACCCCCAUGAACUUUGAAGUCCCAAAUUCUUGGUUGUGAAAACUGUACUGAAAUUUUUUGCUUCUAUGAACUCGAGAAUUAAUUUUUAUCUUCUUAUCAAUCCAGUUUUGUUCAGUUAGUUCUCUUCUCAUGUUUAACCAUUUCCUUCGACAAAGCGCCUUUUCCGAGCUCUACUGCAAAUUCUGACCCUUUGUCAAACUUCAAAUCAAACUCAUCUUUGUCCUCACACCCUCAUCACAGAGGAGAGGUAUCACUCAACAACUAUGGCAACAUAUAGACGUAUGCCUCUAUUUGGCGUGGACGAUGAUGUUUCUGUUGAAUGUCCGGGAUGCAUUAAAACCUUCCAUUACACAGAAGAUACCUUUGAAAUCCCAUGCGGACAUUGUCUUUGUAAGAGUUGUGCUAUGGACCUUGCUUCAAAGACAGUGCAGCAAUGUCCAAAUAAGGAAUGCAAAAGCCACAAAGUGUCACCCAGGCGACUUCUUAAACUCAAAUUUGAGGAUUUCCCUAGCAGACCUGCAUCUGCUUUGGACAAAAACUCGAUUGUCUUGCCACCACCAGAACAAGAACGGCCAAGUACUGCUAGUUCAGUCGCAUCUUCAAUCCGAUCUCAUUCUGAGUUCGCCUCGAUCGUUUACUGUGAGAAACACCCAACUUCCGCAAUUCGCUACUUUUGCCACAUCUGCGAAGUGGAGCUAUGCGAGGAAUGUUGGAAGAACGAACACGAUGAAGAGGACUAUCGCAAACAUAAUAUAGGAUUCAUCAAGGUCAAUCUAGAGCCUCAAAAAGAGAUCCAAAAACGAAUUGUGAAAAACAGGAAAGACUGUCAAAAAAUGAGCCGCAUUUUGGAGGACUGGAAGAAGAUCAUCCAACAGGCGCAGAUUGCAGAAAAUAAACAAAACGAAGUUUUGAAAGCUAGCACAGCCAAUCAGCUUGAGCAGAAAUCAGACAUUGUUCGCAAUCUGAUUCAAAAUCACAUCACGGAUGUUCGUAAAUUUAGAGAAACUGUUUUUAACGAACUUGAAGAACUUGAAAGAAAGCAAAGAUGCAUCUUUGGGGAUGCUUUCGACUCCGAUUAUGAUAGUUUUCUAAAUCGCAGCUGCUCUACUCCUGUCGAAACCAAUUUUUCUUCUAGAAGCAGUGCGGCUCAAAGACAGGUGUUGGAACGCGUUCUACAAGAAGAGCUUCUCAAAUUUAACAUCGGUGACGAUGCUGAUAACUUUGCGAUUCGUAGCUCCUCCACUCUUGAACGAAAUGACAUUUCUAUGACAGUUUCUGGAGCCAGUCAGAUUGCGAGAAGAGCGUUGAGGCGUUUGAUGCAAGAUGAACUUCUAAGUGAUAGCAUCGGAGGAGAUGAUUAUACAUUAUCAACUCGUUCCUCGUCCCCUUCGAUGCUUGACAGCACCAUGACAUCAGCAGGAAAUCCGGACUUAUCAGCAACUGCAGGUUCCAGCCGAGUCGAAAUCUCAGAGGGUAGUUCAGAAAGCGCAGUUGGUGACAAUCGACAUGUGACUCCGGCUCAAGUGAAUAAGAAAGUGGCUUCGACUUUGAAGAGAGGGAAAAAGAGAGAGUUAGUGCGAGUUACACAGAGUGCGAUUGGAGAUGAGGGGAUUGAUUGUCGUAGAGCUGUGUACAAUACUGCCACGAAAGAAGUGAUUUGCCUUAAAUCCACUUUAACAGUGUUAAGAUUAAACGGGCCAAAUGGGAAGUUUGAAGUGAGUAAGGAGAUGAAUUUGAAAUCAGACGCAUAUAACUAUUUAUGUGACAUUACACUAGACAGCAAUAACUCUCUCUAUGGUUUGAUUGAGAAUCCGAAAAACGAAGUGAAGAGAGUGGCAGUGCUGGACAUAAUGAAGAACAAGGAACUGAUCGAGGAGAGAAAACUACUCGUCACUAAGGGACUACCCAAUGGAGAACGUGUAUAUUGGAAAUUGUGUGCUGUAGGCGAGACAGUGGCUGUGGUAGUGGAGGAUUGGAGAGGACGUGAGGAGAAGGAAUGCAACAGUGUGACUUUGUAUCGCAGUCAUAUCCGACAACAAACUGUACAACUCAAUAUCAGUUUCAACGAUCUUAUUCCCACUGAUCAACUUGUGUUGGUGAAUGAGAACACACUGUUAUUUUUCUCUGAUCAUAUAACAAUAGCAGUGGUCUCUCUGCCUUCACAACAAACUACAACAGCAACAACAUCUGCGCAUACUUCUAAAUUAACUUCAAACAGAUCUCAAAAACUGCAGCCCAAAUCCAUCAAGUACAUUCAACUCUCUGACACGGGAUAUAUUCGGUCAUUAGUAUGGAUACCAUCUGAAGAAAGUGUGCAGUCAGAUGCUGCGGAAGGGUACUUGUUUGCUUCAGAUUCACGUGGUUUCUCUCAUGUUUACAAAAUAAAUUUAGAAAAAGAUAUGGCAGAGGUGGCCGAAGGAGAGGAGAGAACAAUUGCCCCUAUGGAAGGAAAAGGUCGACUAGAUAACAUACACAUUUGGUGUUCCAUUGAUAGCUCAACACUAUUUGCUACUACCGAAAGGCCUUCUGGAAAGCCAAUGCUUCUAAACUUAGAGUAUACGACACCUUGAGUCUUCCCACUUAUUUGGUCUAAAUUAAUUCUUAACAGAACGAUUAAAUAACAAAUAAAAGAUAGAUCCUAUCCAUAAGCUAACUUUUGGCUCUUUGUAAUUUUUUCAAUUCAUAUGUGAGCAAUUCGUGCCGAAUAAGGCUCACACUUUAAACUGAUUCAAAAUACAUUUUCAGCACUAACAAAGCCCUAGUUAUUUCAAUCUAAUUCAAACUGUUUUCAUCUCCUUCUAUGGAACGACUUUACUCCUUUUAUUUUUAUUGAUCAAAAACGCAAAAAAAAAUGUAAAAAGCUGUACGUUAUUAUAUUUCUUU